GUUCAGUUAACGAUCCGGCAUCACAACUGUUGACACUGGACAUUGUAUUCUCUUUUGAGGAUUGUCAAUGCAAAGACCUAUCAGAUCAUGAUGAAUACCAUCCUUCCGUUGACAACGCUGCAGCUUAUAAUAAUCACUAGUGAUCAAGUGAUCCAAAGAUCUCAAGGAAAUUACUGGUACUGCUCCCCUCUGGUGAACACAAGCUACUGCGCAAAUUCUUCCAUGCAUGUAGACUGUUACAGGCAGAAUAAAUCUUGCAAGGCCUUUUCCUGCUACGACCAGAGUGAUGGCUGCACCUGUAGUGUUGGUUCCUACAGCAUUAGCAACAGCUCCUACUAUGAAGUUCCUCCAGAUCUUUGUACCUGCAAGAGAGCUAGCCAAAUUUGCAGCUGCCUGAAUGAUGUGAAAUCUGAUGGAUCAGGGGAGCUCACUCUAGGGGAUAUUGUUGGUAUUGUUGACCUAAUUGCAAAUAACACAGCUCAAAUGACUCCCGACAUGGCGGAAAGCUAUUUGAAGAAGAUUGAUUCUGUUCAGGGGACGCUUUCUCAGAUUUCCAGUGGGAACGAUAAAGAAACAUUGGUGUUUUCUGGAAACACUUUACUGAAAGCCUAUGACAACUUGGUGUCUGUACUGGUGGUGCCAACAAAUAUUUACACCUAUGCAAAUAUUAGUCUCAACAAUACAGAAGUCAGAGUUCUUGUGGUUGGACCAAAAGUGAGUGUAGGACAAAUCCCUUUGAUUAUUACAGAAAACGCUAAUAUGGAAAUGGAUCUUUAUGAGAUUGCAAAUAACAACAACAAUAACGGCUCCGCUGCUGUGGCUUUCAUGAGCUACACCACAAUGGAGAACGUGCUGAGACCUGACUUCUUCAACACAUCAGAUGACACAGUUAAAACCAUGAUGUCCACUGUGAUCUCAGCUACUCUUCCCAAAACUGACAACAGAGCACUCACCAAACCAGUCAACUUCACCUUAAAACACAUCAGAGACUUUGAUUCCAGCAGUAAACUUUCAUGUGUGUACUGGAAUAUCAGCGAAUGGAUUGUAGAUGGUUGUUCUGUUGUAAAGACCAACAGCAGCCACACUGUGUGUUCCUGUGAUCAUCUGUCAACAUUCGCUCUCAUCAUGCAAACCAGCAGCCCACCAGAGGAUGAUGCACUGAUGGAAAUAUUGAAUUUGGUGGCUGUGAUCGUGGGGCUGGUGUUCCUCACUUUGGCCCUGUUGACUUUUGCUUUUUGUCAGUGGAGUCCUGGAGUGAACAAUGUGGCUCGAAUCAACAUCUGCUUGAGUCUGCUGUUGGCUCACCUUCUGUUUUUACUCACACAACAGUUCCUGAACUACAUACACCCUAACCAGGUGAUGUGUACAGUGAUAUCAGGCGUUCUGCACUUCUUCUUUCUCUCCUCCUUUGUGUGGAUGCUCAUUGAAGGUGUGCUGCUUUUCAUCUGUGUGAAGAACCUAUCACAGAUCAGCUCCAAACAGAGGGAGGUGCUUAGCAGCGGAUUCAUGAUGGUGAUUGGAUAUGUGAUUGCUUUUGUUGUGGUGGGCGUGUCUGCCGGACUGGUUCCUGAAGGCUAUGGCAGUGAAAAAUGUUGGAUUAAAAUAGAUGAGAGAGGUUUAAUCUGGAGUUUUCUGGGACCUGUUUGUACCAUACUAGCAUUAAAUAUGAUUCUCUUCAUCAACAUUAUCGUCAGUCUGAACUCAACUCUCACAAAACUGAACGCUGCAGUUUCACAGAUGAAACAAACCAAGAUUAUGGUAUUUAAAACACUGGCCCAGUUUGUGGUUCUCGGUUGCCCCUGGAUUCUGGGUUUCUUCAUUAAGGGCAAUAGAGUGCUGCAUAUUCUCUUCUUGAUCUUGAACUCUCAGCAAGGGACCUUCAUCUUCCUGAUCCACUGUGUCCUCAAUGAUGAGGUCAGACAGCAGUACGUGAAGUGUUUCAGAGCUCUUUCCCCCGGUAUCAAACACAGCACCAACAAAAGUGUGCCCAAAAAACACUGAGGACUACAGCAUCCAUGUUCAGAAAAUAUGAAGCACUGCUGAAUUUAUAUUAUUAUAAAAUUGAUUUGAUGCUUACAGUAAAACACACAAUAGAAUUAUAGUCUCAGCUGUCCAUACUUUUAAUGUAAAGCUAAUCAACUCUCUCGUUUUUUAAGCACACAUGAUCUCCUGAUUAGCAUGUUGUAGUUGUUUUACUUGAAUAUUUUUGAUUACUUCAAUUAAUACUAGAAAUACAAAAUAAAGUUCCUUGUACAUAUUUCAAGAGGAAAGAGUAAAUGGUUUAACAAGUGUCUGAAAUCAUAGUUGCAAACAAAACACAAAUAAAAUAUAAAAAUAUAUCAACCUGAAAUAUAUUUAUAAAGCUCCCACUUAAUAACAGUUUCCUUUGUAAUGACUGUUUUAUAUUCAUUAAAAUAUUUAAAUGUCUCAUAAGAACAUGUA